AUGCUCCAGGUUCACCCUGUUCACCGGAUUACCAUCCCCGAGAUUCGACAGGACCCUUGGUUCCUCAAGGGCCUCCCUCCCUACUUGCAACCACCACCCGAGGAAUUCAUCGCGCCUGGUGUGGAUCCGAAGAAGGUUGAUAACGGCAAGCUUGACCCCGCCAAGCCGGCGCCGGUCCAGCAUAAAAUCCACCGGAUUGCAGUUUCGAAGCUAGAACGAAGUAUGGGUUACGGCCGAGAGGAUAUCGAAGAAGCACUGCGACACCCCGAGCCCAGUGCAAUUAAGGACGCGUUUUCCAUCGUCGUUGAGAAUGAGAUGAUGCAGACCAAUUCUCCCACGGAAGAUAAUUUGUUGGCUCAGAAUGUCCCUCAGCAGAGAGGCGCUGCACCUUCGUCCGCAGAUCGCGCACCUGCUCCUCGAACCCAGGCGACUCCUGCCACUGUCGUUAACAGAAACCAAAGUGUCUCUCGUCGGAAGCCGUCGGAGGAUGCCCAACACACAGAUACCGACGAGGAACCUCGCAUCAGCCAUGUUCGGAUCCUCCCCACUAGCUUACCAUAUGUUCAUGACCAGCUCAUGGAACAACGUGACCGAGAGCAAAGAGCUCGUCACCAAAUGCUUGAGCAACGGCGCCAAGAAGCCGCCCAUCUUGACCAAGAUGGUCAGGGUGCUGCGUACCGGGACAUGUCAGCUGAAGAGCAGGCUGCCACAGCCCGGGCACUGAAGCCCCACUCGCGAAGUGUAGUUGAUCUCGACAAACUACGCUUCGAGCCACCAAUAGGCCAACCCCUCGAAAAACAACCAAAGAGAAGCCGCAAAUGGCAAUUUGGUAUCCGGUCCCGAAACCAGCCUUACGAGGCCAUGCUGUACUUGUACCGGGCAAUCACCGCCCAGGGUGGACUCUGGGACAUCCAGCCGGUCGAAUCAGGCACGAACAUUGGCCCUGAUGCGACUCCUGACCCUGACAAGCCCAAACCUCUUCAAAGCAAAUAUCCCGACCUCCCCUCCAACUACUACAUCCCGAAGGAUCCUUGGUUCAUCCGCGCACGCCUGCUUAAAGAAGGCAUCAAGGCUCCAGGCGCCUCCACCAGCGUCUACAACAGCCGCAGCGACCUAGAAGAACUACGCCGCCGCUUCAACAUCUCAGGCAUUUCCGCCCCAACAGAAGACAAGAGCAAAGACUCCCACGUGUCCUCGGCACCAGACAGCGGCCUCGCAUCAGGAGCCUCCUCAGCCAACCAACAAAGCGGACUCCCGAAUAUUACCUACGGCGUCUGGGUCUUCAUCGACAUACAGCUGUACCAACUCGAAGAAAACAACUACAUGGUCGACUUCAAAUGCGACGGCUACCAGAACGUCAUCCGCGCCAACGGCGACACAGACUGGCACCCCAUCAGCAAGCGUUUCAUGAACAAGGAGAAGGAAUUCACCAGCCCCUACCCAUUCCUGGAUGUAGCGUCUGAUCUCGUGGCCCAGCUGGCUGUGGCGAGUUAG